AUGAACUUGCCAAGAGCCGAGCGUCCUCGCUCCACGCGGCAGCGCAGCCUCUGGGGCUGCGACGGCGAAGACGGUAAGAUCGAUGUUCUGGGAGAGGAGGCAGAUGAAGGGGAGGAGGAGGAAGACGAGCAGGCAGAGGCGAGCCAGCAGUUCCUAGAGCCGCCGCACCAGCCCGGGCCGCAGGGGGCGCGGCGGGGCGCGGGCGCGCUUCCCGGACUGCGCGCCGGGGGCGGCGGCGACCCGAGCGACCGCUCUGAGUUUGGCACCAAUUUCAAGGCGCCGACGAUGUCUGCGGCGUCGUCCGGGGACGCCCCUCCGCUGGCGAAGCCCCCGUACUCGUACAUCGCGCUCAUCACCAUGGCCAUCCUGCAGAGCCCGCACAAGCGCCUCACGCUCAGCGGCAUCUGCGCCUUCAUCAGCGGCCGCUUCCCCUACUACCGCCGCAGGUUCCCCGCCUGGCAGAACAGCAUCCGCCACAACCUCUCGCUCAACGACUGCUUCGUCAAGAUCCCCCGCGAGCCGGGCCACCCGGGCAAGGGCAACUACUGGAGCCUGGACCCCGCCUCCCAGGACAUGUUCGACAACGGCAGCUUUCUCCGGCGCAGGAAGCGUUUCAAGCGGCACCACCCGCCCCCGGGAGCCCACCUGCGCCACCCCUUCCCUCUGCCCGCGGCACCCGCCGUCCUGCACGGCCCCCCGCCGGGCCUCUUGCUCGGCCCGCCGGCCCCGCGGCUCCCGGGGGCUUACCCUACUGCCGCGCCGGGUGGCCGCGCGCCCGCGCUGCCGCACCCGCAUCCCCUCCGCUACCUGCUGCUCUCGGCGCCGGCCUACGCCGAGGUGCGGAGGAAAUCGGAGGGGGCAGACCUGGCGACGCCCGGCGCCCUCCGGGUGCAGCAGCCCUCGCUGGGCUCCCAGCCUUGGGAGGAGGGCAAGGGUCUGGCUGCACGACCCGGAGGAGGACGCACCUCCUUCAGCAUCGAGAGUAUCAUGCAAGGGGUCAGGGGAGAGGGGACCGGGGCCGCGCAGAGUCUGCCCCCGGCCCCGUGGGGCUACUGCCACCUGCUGCAGCGUCCGUCAUGCCUGUGGCAUCCCCAGGCCACUGCCCCCUUGCUGCACGUGUCCGCCGCCGCUCGAGCGCUCCUGCAGCAGCAGCAGGACUGUGGCCGCAGCGGCGCUCCCAGCAAGGGAGGGCUACAGGGCCGGCACCUGUCCGCCGCGGCGCUGCUCAAGUACCAGACCGGGGCAGAGGGCUCUAGGCUGACAUCUCUGGCCGCCCCUUUGGGCGCAGAGGGGACCUCGCCAGCCUUUUGA